ACCGUAUAAAUGUUUAUCUUGAAAGUGUGUGCCCGAUCGUUGUUAAAAAAAGAGUUGAAUUACAAAAUGUUAAGAAUUCAAAAUAUUGUGAAUAGCGGGCUGUGCGGGUUAGUGAGCAAAUACAAUUGGCUAGAAUAAUUAGUCAUUGGCCCUAAUUCGAAACGACGACAAGUAAACGAAACGAAAGAAUAUAUUUUUUUUAAAGAUUAUAAAUAAUUAAUUUUAAAAUAAAUAUUAAUAAUAAAGGAGAAUUAUUAAAAAUGAAUUUAUUUUGAAAAAAUAUAUAUUUAAAAAGUUAAAAAUAUUAAAGAAAUUUAAAACAAAUCGAAGAAAAAGAAAUUUAAAAAGAAAAACAUGGUGGCAGGUGAUCGUUACUCAGAUUUGAACAAUAUUUCCGCAAAUGCCAAUAUACCAGACGAUAGUGUUGACUGUGGCAUACGUUCCCUAGGCUGGUGUCGUGGUCCCAGUUGUCUCAAAUAUGCACGUCUAAAAACAUUUGUUAUUGUAUUAGCCUGUGCCGAUUUGCAAGGAGCAUGUGAGACAUAUUUUCGUGUAUCGGCUAAACAGGCCGCCAUUGAAAAUGGCUGGAAUGCCAUAAUAGUAGAAUGGCUUCUAGUGAGCAGUGGUAUUUUUCAGGCAAUUUUUGCAUUGGCAUUCGCUUACUGGGCUCAUCGCUUGCAUCCCAUUAGUUGGUUAAGCGGCUCCAUAAUACUACAAUCGCUGAUCUGUUUAAUAGCCAUGAUACCUUCAAUAAUGAAUUUUGCCGGUGGAGUACGACCUACCACCUAUGCUGUCGGCGAAGAAAUUUGUCUAUCAAAUUGGCCCACUUCAUUAGCCAAGAUACUGUCGAUAAAUGACAGUAAAUCGGUUAUAUUAAUAAUGAUGUUUGUAUUACAAUUCGCCUUGGGUUUGGGCUCCUUAGCCUUCUUCACUGUGGGCCUAACAUAUCUAGAUGAUAACUCCACUUCCAUAGAUAGUCCUGCGGUGAUAGCCACGGUUUUUGGUGCAAAAAUAUUUGGUCUACAAUUUGGAUCCAGCAUAAUAUUGGGUGUUGGAGCCGCAAACUUAGGCUGGUGGUUGGGAUGGGUGAUUAUAGCGCCAGCUGUCUUCAUAAGUGGUAUUCUACUGGGUUUAUUUCCCAAAAAACUACCAAAAACUGUUAUACACCAAGCUGCUCAAAGGAUUUUAGAAGAAUCACACAGCCGUCAGUUUGGUAGUCAAUUUUCAACCUACAUAGAUGAUACUGCCUUUAUGCCGUCCGUGAAAAGGAUUUUUGGCAAUAAAUUGUUAAUGUUCAACAUUGUCAGCAUUAUGUUCAUACAGGGAGCAUCCAUUAAUUUUUCUCUUCAAGAGGAAAGUUAUUUGCAGUCUCGCUUCUUUUUACCCUAUAGUGAGGAGGAUGGUCUGAUGCAGGAAUGGAAGGCCAGAUUUAUGUCGUUCUUUUUAAAACCUCCAGCAGCAGCUAUAAGUAUGUUUAUAGGUGGACUGGUUAUUUCUAAACUUAAGCUAACGGGCAGAAAAAUUGCUGCCAUUAAUAUAGGCAUGGCUGUUAAACUGCUGAUUAUUUAUAUAGCUUUUAUAUUUAUCAGAUGUGAGGUUGGUCCUAUAGGCGGUACUGUCAAUGGCAAGCUACAGCAGCCCUAUUGUUCCCGACAGUGUAUUUGCAAUCCUACCUCCUUUCUUCCGGUAUGUCCGGAGAAUUCAACUGUCACGUAUUUCUCACCUUGCUAUGCGGGUUGUUCGAAAAAGACAACAAUUAACAGUGUAGAGCUUUAUGAAGGUUGCAGCUGUGGCGGCACCAACAAUUAUGAUAUGAAUACGGCCUUUAAUAUUAAAGCCACCGAAGGAGCCUGCAGUGCUAAAACCUGUGCCAAUAUGCUGAUUGUUUUCCAAAUUCUCAGUAUUAUGACCGCUUGUAUCUAUGGAAUGACGACUAUAGGAAAAUUAAUAAUUUCGUUACGGAGUGUGUUGCCACAAGAUAAAGGUUUAGCGUUGGCUAUGGAAGUAAUGUUUUUAGGUUUAUUUGCCUAUAUACCAGUACACUUGGCAUAUGAUGUGGUAACCCGUACCACCUGUGUUUAUUGGGCUCCUGGAUAUGCACGCUGUUUGCUACGUGAAAAUCCGAAACAUGGCAACAUUUUAAAUAUCCUCACUGCCAGUUUAAUAUUAGUUGGCCUAAUCUUUGAUAUACUAGUAUUCAUAUUUAUCAAGGGAUUAAAUAUCUACAAUUGUAAAGUCACCGAUGUCAAUUAUACUCCUUCCCUGUACGCUCCUGUACCGCAGGGAGAUCCUACACACACUGCCAUAGGUGGUAGUCCUGUGACCACCAUGACUACAGCAUCUCGAGAUCAACCAGCAGUACAACCCACUAGAGCAGCCCCAAUGCCAAAUAAUGAAAUUACCGUUUUCCGUCAACCUAGUUCUGUAACAAAUUCUUCUGCUGGUGACAGUAGUGUUGUAGAGCCCUCAUCUUCCGGGGUGACUUAUGCUCAAGUAGUAUUUCCACCUGACAAACGUAAACCCAAUGAUGGCAGCACUAGUCCUAAACGUUUAGUGCCACGUGCCGAUGUUCCUUUACAUCAUUUAUCCGAAGAGGAUGUAAGAGCUCAAUUGGGAAGUUUGAAGUCGUUUAAACCUAAAGAUCAAGCAACAACCCAGCUAGAGAACGGUAAUGAAAAUCGUUCCAACACAAAAGCCAUUGAGACAGAUUUAGAUGCCAUCGAUACGAUGCCAUUAGCACAGCCGGACACUGACAAGAAUUUAGAUGACUUGAGGCCACAAAGUCCAGAAACUGAUUUUUAAAUUUUUAUACAUAUAUUAAAAUAUGUUUUAUUGUUAAGUAUGUUAAGUACAAUGUCAAAACGUGUUCGAAUUACGCCAUUUUUUUAACCCUUUUCUAUGUUUAUAAUAAAAUCCUAAAGCUAGCUUGCAACAGUUGCCAAUUUUUAUAUAAUAUCUUAAGUUGUUAUUGCAAUUUAAGUCUUCAAAACUAAAAGUAUUACUAAAAGCAAUUAAAUAAUAAUUUUUAGCUUUAUAAAAAGAGAUUUUCAAUAAAAUUUGAAA